AAAGUUAACGUCGGUACGGGGAGCAUCCACUCCAACACCGUUUAGUUGAAAGCAAUUAUUAAUUUACUCUUUGGUAGGAAGGCUGUGUCGUAGAGAACUUUUAAUGAUAAAUUUAGCUUUUACAUCAAAUUUUAUAUUGAAAUUUGUAUAACAAAACACGUGCAGCUCUAUAUAUACUUGUUUCAUCUGUUUAGACCUUAUAUGAAGUUUAUGUAAAAUAUUUACCAGUGUAUCAAGUUCUCUAAAACCGCGGGUUUUGCGGCAUCCGGCUGCUCUUUGAUACUUUGUCAAUACAGGUGUGAAAUGUUAUAAUAGUACAAUGAAUAACGACAAAAUGGGCUCAAACAAUGUCGAAGCAGAAUACAUGGACAUCGCAAACAGAAAUGCUUGGCCGAUAGUUUACCAGAAAAUUGGUCAAGAAUGCCAAUCCUACCCCUACACAUGCACAGAGGCUAAGAAACCCCAAAACAAGCCACUUAACCGCUACAGAGAUGUAAAUCCCUAUGAUCAUAGCCGUGUUAUAUUAAAGCGAUGUGAGAGAGACUAUAUCAAUGCCAAUCUUGUUAAAAUGGACCGUGCAAAUCGUAAAUAUAUUCUCACACAAGGGCCACUUGCAUUCACCGUUGGACAUUUUUGGUUGAUGGUAUGGGAACAAAAUAGCCGAGCAAUCUUAAUGCUUAAUAAAUUGAUUGAGAAAAAUGAGAUUAAAUGUCAUUGGUACUGGCCCCAAGAUAUUGGUUCGGAAAUGGUGCUGAGCGAGGUUCAGUUAAUAGUUCAUCUUCUAAGUGAAGAAGAUUGCAAUUAUUAUACAACAAGGAAAUUCAAAGUCUACGAUAUGGUGAGUCAUGAGACUCGAGAAGUGUUGCAGUUCCAUUAUACGACUUGGCCAGAUUUUGGUGUGCCCACUUCGCCGAACGCAUUUUUAGCAUUUCUGAAAAAGGUUCGCAACUCGGGAGCUUUGGAGGCGGAUGUAGGGCCCGCCAUUGUACACUGCAGCGCUGGCAUCGGAAGGUCUGGAACAUUCUGUCUUGUUGACUCGUGCCUCGUCAUUAUCGAGAAAGAAGGUCUCGACAGUGUUAACAUUCAACAUAUCCUAUUGGAAAUGCGUAAAGAUAGAAUGGGACUGAUCCAAACACCGGACCAACUUCGUUUUUCAUAUCAAGCCAUUAUAGAAGGUGCCAAAAGAUUUAGUCCCGAUUAUAAAGAGGAGCCAAAAAUGGAGGAGAGUAUUUACUCGAGCGUCGCCGAGGAGGGGGAGGAGGAGGCGCCACCGCCGCCGCCGCCCCGAGCCGAGAGUCUCACCAAGGCGCCCGCUCGACCGCUCCCCGCUAUACCGACCAGCACGUCACUUGGAAACCUGAACUACACUGCGGCGGAGAGCUCCAGCUCCGAGGAGGGCCCACCUACACCGCCCGCACGGGACUGUCCCACGCCGGCCUCCUCCGCUGAUGACGAGGAUGAGGAUCGGGAUGAACACACCAAUAACGAAACCGGCGAGAACACGGAGACGCUGCGGCGGCGGCGCACCCGCGAGCUGGCCGAGCGCGUCUCCAGCAUGAAGAAGCGAGCGCGCGAAGCGGAGCGGUGGCACGCGCUCAAGAGGUCACUAUACAAGCCACUCACCAUUACAUUCGGCUUCCUCCUAACCGGCAUCAUUAUCUACUCAUACGUCAAACACUAGACGCUAUCGGCGUCUUUGCGUGCACGCGAUUUGUUAAUGAUGCGGUAUGGUCGCGCGCGGGAGUGUUGUGCGUCAUGACGGGUGGGGGGUUAUAAAUAGUUGCAUUUUUCACGUUUUUUGGAUGUUGCAUUUUUAUUUUCCAAGCUAGGAUGAAUUCAGAUUAAUGAUUUGAGCAAAUAGGCUAAAUAUUUAUGUCACAAUAUGUAUGUAUUUGUUCAAUAGUCAGAUCUGAUACACAUGUUAUGAUUCGACAUGAGUGCCUUAGUCAGUUUUGACUCGCUAUAUAUAUAACAUAGGGGGACUGUGGAAGAUAUUGUUAGUUUGAUUAUUGACUUGAUUUUGCUCUCGAAACAACAAUUAAUACAUUUUAUUACUAAUUGAAUUUUCACUUACUGUUGUUGUUUCACAUUCAGCAAAGUAUUUUAUUUCCAGAACAAUUUUAAAACGAGCCCAUGAGGUCUUUAAGGGGAUUACAUUGCUCAAUGACCUUGAAGAUUUGCUCACUGCGCUAGUGUUUGAUUUUUUGGGUGCCCCCCAGCGAUAUGUAAUGUUGUUAGAGUAAAAGUGACUAAAGAUUAAGGAAGUCUAGAAAUGUAUCGUGCUGUAUCGGAAUUUGUUUGUCAUCAUUUUUACUUAAUUUAUGCUUUGUCUCAGAGGCAGUACUGAAUUACAUCUUAUUAUUGGUAAACCUAGUGUGCGUUUGUUGUGUCACUAUCCAAUUUUGUAAGACCCAUCAAUCGACAUUUAUCUAAUUAUUAUGGAGUCUUCUACAUGAAACAUUCCGACUUGACCAAUUUCCCGUACAAUAAUAGAACAAAGAUCAGCUUUCAACGUUAUUCGCGUUAGGCCGCUACCACAAAUACCUACAUACUAAGUAGGAAUGUACACCAAGACCAGUGCCGGUAAGUUUUCAUAAUAAAAUAUUGCACAAUGAAGCCCAUUAGGAAAGGAACAGAAUAUGAUGAAAAUGAAAGAAAACAUAAUUUAUGAUCCGAAGUGUUUAAAGAUUCACACCUUUUGCGUUCCCUUUUUUUAUCACGUUUCAGCGUAAUACAAAUAUACCACAGGUCACCAUUUCCAUUAAUUAAAGUUUUAAACUUGAAUGCCAUCCCAACGGCUUGCUGAUGUAUGUGGUCCAAUGCUCUUUGGAAGUCUCCAUAAAGUUAUUGUUUCAUUGUCAAAUUUGAAGAGAAUUCUUUCAAAGCUCUUCAUAGUUACAUACCCCAAGCAUUUACUAGGAUCUUAGAAAGGCGACUAUGCAAUCCCAUCUCAAAAUUGAACACCGCCGGAGGUCGGCAAAUUUAUGUUUGAAUCCGGAUUCAAACCAAACCGGUCUCAUGAGUAAACUACAAGAUGAUCGUCAAUGUGCGUUACUCCAUUGUAAAUGCUCUCGAAUGCAUGAAAACUCUCGGCCGCAAUUUCCAAGUCGCAAUGCUGAAACACGUAGAUCUAUAAGCAUGAUUUCCUGUUUCAGACAUGACACAACAUAUGACACUUUCAUUUGAUUUCGUUUGAUUUCUUAAUUUUAAUAAGACGUUCAUUUUUUUUAGUUCGAUAUAAAGGGGGUUUCAUUUUAAAUAUGUAUUUAUAUGCACGCAACAACUACGAAGCACUACUUUUAACGGUUCCACCUGUAUGUAGUUUUUGUCAUACCUUUUUAAAUAUCAUGAUUCGUUACCGCACCUGAGUCAUGGUCAAGUAAUUAAAAAUUAAGUAUUAUUGAGACAAAUUUGUUGAAAUGCUUAUAUUUCUGUACUGAACAAAAUUGUAACAAUUUUCGUUUUAUUGAAUAUUGUUAUUACCCUUUUUACAGUAAUUAUUAACUAUAGUUGAGGAAGAAUCACCCUGUCAGCAAUCUAUUACAUAAUAUAGAACUUCUCAUAGCGGUAUCCCAUCGCAAUUUUAGUGCUCCAUAUUUAUCAUAUAUUCAUACGGAAGUCAUUAGAUGAAAAUAUAUUCUAAAGUAGUUUUAAAUUUAUAGACACAGUAAUAUACACUUUAACAAAUAAUUUAUCCAUAGCUUUUUUAACUUUUUAGUGUUUACUAGUAUGCACACAUGUUUAUAUAAUAUAUACAAAUACGAGUAUAUACCAUUAAAUAGUUUUAGAAUUCAGGAAAUAAUCUGCCUUGGAUAAAGUAAUUGAAAUAAUUGGUACAAAUUUUUUAUACAUAUUGCCUUACCUUAUUCAUCGAUCAAAGCAGUCCACAUAGAUAAUAUUUAACGCUAGACAUAAUAGAUACUAUUUUGUAUAAUUUUCAUUUUACGUUUUUUUAAACCGUUGGCGAUAAAUUCAGUCAACGUAGAACGCAACGAAGAAUUUAAAUUUAGCGUAUAAUUUAUAAUAAUAUAAACUUUAACACGUUCACUGCUGAAACAAACGUAAAAAUGCUUGGAAACGGGGAUGUGGCUUUACACGUCUAGCGUGUGACUCCGGCAUCCGCGAUAAAUCGCGUCUCUUGUGCGUAAAACAUCGGUGUGUUUUUUUGUCCAAGUCGCCAGUGCGCCAAUGGCAACACAUUUUUAUCCAAAAAUAUAUAUUUUUUUAUGAUUUCUUCCAUUUUUAUUUAUUUGCUUUAUUUAGAUAGUUAAGAUUUUAUUUUAAUAAA